AUGGCCGAAAUUAGAAAGAAACUGGUUAUUGUUGGUGAUGGUGCUUGCGGAAAAACUUGUUUAUUGAUCGUCUUUUCUAAGGGUACCUUCCCUGAGUUCUAUGUCCCCACUGUUUUUGAAAACUAUGUUGCUGAUGUUGAAGUGGAUGGAAAACAUGUAGAAUUGGCUCUUUGGGAUACUGCUGGCCAGGAAGAUUAUGAUCGACUCCGUCCAUUGUCAUACCCUGAUUCCAAUGUUAUCUUGAUUUGUUUUGCUGUGGAUUCGCCUGAUUCACUGGACAACGUUCAAGAAAAGUGGAUUUCUGAAGUCCUUCAUUUCUGUCAAGGUUUACCUACUUUAUUGGUUGGUUGUAAGAAAGAUUUACGAAAUGACCCUGGUACCAUUGAAGAACUUCGACGAAACUCACAAAGACCUGUUGCCUAUGAAGAAGGAACUGCUGUUGCUCAAAGAAUUGAAGCUUACAAGUAUUUGGAAUGUUCUGCCAAGACUGGUGAAGGUGUACGUGAGGUCUUUGAACAUGCUACAAGAGCUGCUUUGAUGGUCACUAAGAAGAAGAAAGCCCGAUGUUCUAUUUUGUAG